AUGGCUUUCCAGGACAGGAUUGCGAGUGCAUUCUCGGCCCUCAACAUAACUCUAGAUUCUACAGUAUCGCAUGCCGAAACCACAUCCCCAGCAGCGUGGCGCGAGGCCCUUGUUGCCCAUGAAUCUUCUCCGAAAUCAUUUGAGCUCAUCAAAACCCUUGUCUACAAACCCAAGACUGCGAAAUCAGCUACCCCGGUUCCGGUCGUCGUAAUUGCUCGCGAUGAGACGGAGACCAACUCGAAUGCCAUUGCCAAGCAGCUGAAUUUGAAGGAGCUGCGGUUGGCGUCGGAGGAUCUGCUCAAAGAGUUUUUUUCGGUUGAUAAGAACGCCCUAUCCCCUCUUGCAAUCGACAGCGAGAUAUUUUCAAAGGUCGUCACGGUCUUGGAUCCCUCGAUCGCUGAAUCCUCCUCACUCUUCGCCGUCCACGGCCUUUCCUCCAGCAACACCGUUUUUCUUUCAGGACAAGACAUCGUCGCUCAUCUUAAGAGUUUAGAAACGACUGAAAUCAAGGUGGUGGACUUGGACACCACUGCGCCCUCCCCAGCUGCCGUAGCUCAGACAUCAAAACCUCCAGUGAAGGAGAAAGAAGAUGCAAAGAUCGAGGGUGCGGUUCAGAUUGCCAUUGGAGUAAAGAAGGAAGUUGAUUUCCCCGGAUGGUAUACCAACGUUCUGCUCAAAGCGGACAUGCUAGACUAUUACAGCGUCAGUGGGUGUUAUAUCCUUAAACCGUGGUCAUAUAGCAUCUGGGAGGAGAUCCAAACUUGGUUUAACACCCAGAUAAAGGAACUCGGCGUUCAAAACUCGUACUUCCCUAUGUUCGUAUCUCAGUCUGUAUUAGAGCGAGAAAAGGACCAUAUAGAGGGAUUCUCUCCAGAGGUGGCCUGGGUGACGAGGGCUGGAAACUCCGACCUUGAAGAACCUAUUGCAAUCCGUCCAACAUCCGAGACUGCCAUGUACCCUUACUACGCCAAAUGGAUCAGAAGUCAUCGCGACCUCCCACUCAAACUCAACCAAUGGAACAGCGUCGUUCGUUGGGAAUUCAAAAACCCACAACCAUUCCUCCGCACGCGCGAGUUCCUCUGGCAAGAAGGCCACACCGCCUUCCUCACCAAAGCCGAAGCCGACGCCGAGGUGCGACAGAUCCUCGACCUCUAUCGUCAAGUCUACGAAGAUCUCCUCGCCGUCCCCGUUAUCCCAGGUAUCAAGUCUGAGAAGGAGAAAUUCGCUGGAGGACUGUACACCACUACCCUCGAAGGAUUCAUCCCAACCUCUGGCCGCGGAAUACAAGCGGCCACAUCGCAUUGUCUAGGUCAAAACUUCUCCAGGCCGGAGAUGUUCAAUAUCUUCGUGGAGGACCCGGUUGAUAAGUCCAAGUCGUACGUAUGGCAGAACUCGUGGGGGUUGUCGACGCGCACGAUUGGUGUGAUGGUCAUGGUGCAUGGUGAUAAUCAAGGGCUGGUGCUUCCGCCGAGGGUGGCGAGUAUUCAGGUUAUUGUCGUUCCUUGCGGUAUCACGGCGAAGUCGACGGACGAGCAGAGGGCUGAGAUCAAUGAUGCUUGCGAGGAGCUGGCCAAGACGUUGAAGAAGGCUGGUGUCCGGGCUAAGGCUGACCUUCGUGAGGGGUACACUCCUGGCUACAAGUUCAAUGAUUGGGAACAGAAGGGUGUCCCCCUUCGUCUAGAGAUAGGACCCAACGACCUCAAGAAACAACAAACCCUCUCUGUCCGACGCGAUAACGGCGACAAGAAGCCGCUUCCCCUCGCUAACAUUGGCAAGAACGUCGCCGAUUUCCUUGAGGUCAUCCAAGACAACAUGUUCAAUCGCGCCAAGGAACAAUACUGGUCUCGCGUCAAGGAGGUGACGGACUGGAAGGACGUCAUCCCCACGCUCGACAACAAGUGCAUCGUCGUGAUGCCGUGGUGUGAAGUCGAGGCUUGUGAGGAUGAUAUCAAGGAACGGAGUGGCAAAUCUGCUGAACCCCAGGACGAGCGUGCGCCAUCAGCUGGUGCCAAGUCACUUGCCAUUCCGUUUGACCAAUCCCCUUGGACCCCGAUUGAACAUGGUAAGACGAAAUGCCCGGCGUGCGGUAGUGAUGCGAAGCGCUGGACCAUGUUUGGGCGAUCUUAUUAGUUUGGCUCGCUGGAUGUGUGGGGAGACUAUUAUCUGUAAAUCAUUUGAAGCAAAUCGAAGCCGUUUCCUUU